AUGCCAUCAGUAGGAAGAACAUCAACCAGAAAAAAUAUUCCAACAGUGCCAAGAACAUCAACCAGAAAAAAUAUUCCAACAGUGCCAAGAACAUCAACCAGAAAAAAAUAUCCAACAGUGCCAAGAACAUCAACCAGAAAAAAAUAUUCCAACAGUGCCAAGAACAUCAACCAGAAAAAAUAUUCCAACAGUGCCAAGAACAUCAACCAGAAAAAAUAUUCCAACAGUGACAAGAAAAUCAACCAGAAAAAAUAUUCCAACAGUGCCAAGAACAUCAACCAGAAAAAAUAUACCAACAGUGCCAUGAACAUCAAUCAGAAAAAAUAUACCAACAGUGCCAAGAACAUCAAUCAGAAAAAAUAUGCCAACGGUGACAAGAACAUCAAUCAGAAAAAAUAUACCAACAGUGCCAAGAACAUCAAUCAGAAAAAAUAUACCAACAGUGCCAAGAACAUCAAUCAGAAAAAAAUAUACCAACAGUGCCAAGAACAACCAGAAAAAAAUAUGCCAACAGUAGGAAGAACAUCAACCAGAAAAAUAUUCCAACAGUGCCAAGAACAUCAACCAGAAAAAAAUAUCCAACAGCCAAGAACAUCAACCAGAAAAAUAUUCCAACAGUGCCAAGAACAUCAACCAGAAAAAAUAUUCCAACAGUGCCAAGAACAUCAACCAGAAAAAAUAUUCCAACAGUGA